UCCCGGGUUUUUCCGUCAAAUCUCACUCUUUCUCUUUCUAAAAAUAAGUCGUUAUUCCCUUUCCCCUUUUCCCCUACCAAUCCAUUCUAAUCUCUGCAUCUUCCCCUUCACAAGAAACUCUUACUUCCUCCUCCUCAUGGUAUGAAUCUGCAAACCCUAAAAACUGUUUUAAUCAAAUUCUUCUUAUUAGGUGUUUUGUGUUUCAUACAUUGUAAACAUCGAAACAUCCAAGUCUGGAUCUGAAUGGAUAUUCUUUGAUUAGAUUUCAACCAAGCAAAGCAGCUAAGUGUGAAGAGACAAGUAUAAGGUUCUGUCAGAUAGAAUCAUAAGUUUGAUAAACGGUCGGAGAGCAGUUUGGAACAAUUAAUUUUGACAGUGGCAUUAGAAAGUGGAUGCCACUGUUGAUUAAGCUGAAAACUGUUGGCGUGGACAUUGUGAUCCAGAGAAUGGUUCUCUAUCUUCUUUAUUAGAAACUAGUGAGUUUUGUGAUAGAGAAACCGUGUUUUACUGAGAUGGAUAGCAAGGAAGAUAAUUACUUGGCAGAAGGUGUGGAUCGUCUCCAAAUUGUUGCCGAGGAUGUGGAUCCCUCUAUUUCCCCGUUAAAGAUUACCAUGUCACCAAAGUCUCCGAGGUCUCCUAAAUCAGCUCAUGGAAAGCAUGUUACGAGCAAGGGGAGCCCAGUGAAGCAUGAUAGGCAUUCACAUUCUCCAAAAGAUGGACGCCCCAAGAAAGGUGGAUCAGGCGGAAAGGGAACAUGGGGAGGCAUACUUGAAACAGGAGAUGAUAACACUGUUGAUCCAAACGAUCCCAACUAUGAUAGUAAUGAGGAUAACAGUCAUUCAAACACAACAAAACCACUUGGCGUUUUUGAUGAGUACAAGAAGAAGGCUACUGUAAUAGUAGAGGAAUACUUUGCUACAGAUGAUGUUGUGUCUACUGCAAAUGAACUAAGAGAACUUGAUAUGCCAGAAUAUCAUUAUUAUUUCGUUAAGAAGCUUCUCUCUAUGGCAAUGGAUAGGCAUGCCAAAGAGAAAGAAAUGGCUGCUGUGUUAUUAUCUACACUUUAUGCUAAUGUGAUCGAUCCACCACAAUUUUACAAAGGCUUCAGCAAAUUGGUCGAAUCAGCAGAUGAUUUGAUUGUAGAUAUACCGGAUACUGUAGAUGUUCUUGCGUUGUUUAUAGCUAGGGCAGUUGUUGAUGACAUACUUCCUCCAGCAUUUUUGACAAAACAGUUGGGAUCGUUACCGAAGGACUCGAAAGGGGUUGAGGUUAUAACAAGAGCUGAGAAAAGCUAUUUAUCAGCUCCACUUCAUGCAGAGAUCAUUGAGCGCAAGUGGGGCGGAAGCAAGAACAAAACCGUUGAGGAUGUGAAAACUAACAUAAACAAUCUGCUUGUAGAAUAUAUAGCAAGUGGUGACAAGAUGGAGGCUUUCAGGUGCAUCAAGGAUUUGAAAGUUCCUUUCUUCCAUCAUGAGAUAGUCAAACGGGCUCUUAUACUGGCAAUGGAAAGGCGGGCCUCCGAAGAUCGUCUCCUUGAUUUGUUGAAGGAAGCUGCUGAGGAAGGUUUUAUUAAUUCAAGCCAAAUGACAAAAGGUUUUGGCCGUCUUAUUGACACAGUGGAUGACUUAUCUCUUGAUAUUCUUAGCGCAAGGGAUAUUCUGCAGUCCUUGAUAUCCAAAGCAGCAUCUGAAGGUUGGUUAUGUGCUUCAUCUCUAAAAUCUCUGAGUUUCCAAAAACAAAAGCAAAUAGAAGAUGACACUGCCAGGGUUUUCAAGCUCAAGGCCCAGUAUAUUAUCCAGGAGUAUUUCUUGUCAGGUGACAUAUUAGAGGUGAUUAGUAGCCUUGAAUCAGAGAAGUACAAUUCUUCUUCUGAACUAAGUGCUAUGUUUGUGAAAAAACUAAUAACUAUAGCAAUGGAUCGUAAAAAUAGAGAGAAAGAAAUGGCAUCUGUAUUGUUAUCAUCGUUAUCCUUGCCAGCAGAUGGUGUCAUAAAUGGUUUCCUGAUGCUAGUUGAAUCUGCCGAUGACACUGCCUUGGAUAUUCCAGCUGUUGUGGAGGAUCUUGCAAUGUUCUUAGCUAGGGCAGUUGUUGAUGAAGUUUUGGCUCCACAACAAUUAGAGGAGAUUGGAUGCCAAUUAACGGGUCAAGACUCAAUAGGAAGUAAAGUACUUCAAAUGGCGAGGUCAGUGCUCAAGGCUCGACUUUCUGGGGAGCGGAUCUUAAGGUGUUGGGGUGGAGGUGGGAGUAGCAGGCCUGGAUGGGAUAUUGAGGAUAUUAAAGAUAAGAUUGGAAAACUCUUGGAAGAGUAUGAUUCAGGUGGUGAGUUACGAGAAGCAUUCUGCUGCAUAAGGGAGCUAGGUAUGCCAUUUUUUCACCAUGAAGUUAUCAAGAAAGCGCUGGUAGCAGUUAUGGAGAAGAAGAAUGAAAGAUUGUGGGGUUUACUAGAACACGGUUUCUCCGUAGGAGUCUUUACUCCAGAUCAGAUGAUGAAAGGUUUUGGGAGAGUUGCGGACUCUCUUGAUGACUUGGCUUUAGACGUUCCAGAUGCUGAACAACAAUUUACACGUUAUGUGGAACGAGCCAAAGCUGCAAGUUGGUUGGACUCUUCGUUUCCUGCUACACGAUACGUAAUACAAACUGGUGCUUGUUCUUGAGAUUUUGGAAGCAUAUCGAGCGUGGUUUGGUCUUUAAACUCCUGCUGCAUUUUUCAUGUUUUCCUUUUCCUGAAUCUCUGUACUUCUCUUCUCCCUAUCCGAUAUUUACUUUACUUACAGUAAACUAUAUGUUUCUUUG